AUGAGCAUGUACAUGCGCUCGGACUUUGCUGCUAUGCGUGUGCGAAAGGAUGUUAAUGAGCUGGCCAAGGCAAAAUUUACGUGCUCCCAGGCAAAAACCCGUGUGGAAUUCCCAGAUGGAGCAAACAAUAUGCUUCAACUGAUUUUUACGAUCUCUAUCAUUGAUCUUACAAGCCCGUUUGCUAACGGGGACUUUAAUUUCUUGGUGGAUAUUCCCAAGACGUACCCAUUUCACGCUCCUAGCGUAAGAUGUCUUACGAGAGUGUGGCAUCCGAAUAUUGAUAUAGCUACAGGCAAGGUUAUGAUGUCGAUUCUUGGCAGGGACUGGCGUCCUGUGCUUAGCAUUAACACUGUUCUGCUAGGAUUACAGUUAAUCUUUCUGGAGCCUGCCAUCGACUACGCUUUAAACUCCACGGCCGCAGACCAGCUUCAUCGCAGUCCAGAGGAUUUCAAAAAGGAAGUUCAGCAGAUCCUCUGUGGCGGGACAUAUUACGGCCUUCACUUCCCACCGCACCCGCGGCAGAUUGAAAUGCAGCGUCAGUCCUGGAGCUUGCGGAUGAAGCGGCCUCGCGAAGACGAUUUAUUUGCGGCAAACAACGAAUGGGGCGGCACGGUAAGCCCAAAUGCAAGCGAUACGAUCGGUAUCGAAGCAUCCGUGCUUAUGGAUUGUACGGAUCACCCGACUUGGAAACGGGCACGAAUUGAGUAA